UUUACCCACUUGGCGAAUAUCGAUGUCGAUAUUUCCACAGGCGUGAUCGAGCGGAUUUCGAAUUCUCGUUUGAUUACGAAUCUGCUGUAACGGUCGAACACUGCGAGGGUUUAUAUCCCACGCGAGUUGGUUGAAACUUCGUUUCAUUUCUACCGCUAAAACUGAAAUGAAAUGAAAACAUCACGCCGCGAAUCGCAAACAGUCGGAAUCGCCUGGUUCGGGACAACGUCGAAUUCGUCGGGGUUAAAAUAGUUACCGCGCGCCGCAGCGAUUGAAAUUGCAUAGAAUUAGAUCUGUAGCUCCGCAAAUUGGCGCGCAGGUGUGUUUCCUAUCGAAUGACCGAGUAGACGAGACAACGCGUAGGUGCGACGAAACGAGAUAAUAUCGCGCAUCCAGGUAUAAUUCUGCAGGGGUGAACGGGUGCGUUUCGAGUUGGCGAUCGAACGUACAUCGUCCGCUCCUCGCCUCUUUCUCCUCACCUUUUUCCAGAAGCGAACAAAAAUUGAAAGAUCUCGCGGCGCGCGACAAUUUUCCGCCCCCUCGCCCCAACGAGAGGAGUUUGAGGGCGCAACGGCGGCGAGUCCUCCUUCACCCGGCUCUCGCCCCGCCAUUUUUUGGAAAUCGCGGCGAGUUGUAUCCCCAUUAAUUCCGGUCGACAAAGUCACCGUAAAUAACGUCGAGCGGUCGAGAGCCUGCGCGGCGUAGAUAAGCCACCGAAGCAUUGUACGCCGUGAGAAAAAAUAUGCACUCAGUCGUGUAACGCGGAAUAAGCACCGUUGUCCGCAUUAUACGGCGACCGAGCGAUCGAAAAAAAGAGCUCGGCACCGGCGAGGUGGUGCAAACUUCCGCGGUUGGUAUCGUCGAAACGCGCAAGUCGAACACCGUCGGAAACCUAUAAAAGCCAUGGCGUCGUCUUCGAACGUCCCAGUUGCCAUGAGAAAUAUCAACACCGAGACGAAUUUUCACCGGUCUCGCUCGUCUCGGGGUCCGCAGAGCGAAAGAGAUCCGAUUACACUAAUUUCUCCGCACUCGCCGAUAACGGCUGAUGACAGUCGAUAGAAAAAAUGGUCACGACAGGGCUGGCGGCGUAUUCGAGUACAAGUAAUGUCUGGGAGUAGCCGAAUCGGAUCGUCGCACGAACGAAUAAAGUGUCUUCGUCAGUUGUCCGGUCGAGCGAAAAAAUUCCUUCAAACGACGAUGAGUCUCGAGGAGCUGAGGAACUCAAGAUUCGUUCUUAUUUCGAUGGUGUAUUUGAGCUUGUUAUUGGACAACAUUCUCCUGACGGUCGUCGUUCCGAUAAUUCCGGACUACCUUUACACCCUGGACGGUAAUGCGACGACCGAUGCGGAAACCGAGGAAAAUGGGCGCGUCGGCUUCCUACUGAGUUCGAAGGCUCUGGUUCAACUCGUGCUCAAUCCGGUGGUGGGAUCUCUGACCGGUGCCUUUGGAUACGCCAGGCCUUUGUUGUUGGGCAGCGUGAAUCUGCUACUCUCCGCACUGCUGUUCGCGUUCGGCCGGAGGUACGAGGUGUUAUUUCUGGCCAGGAGCAUCCAAGGAGUAUCGUCGGCGUGUAUAGGGGUAUCCGGAAUGUCACUCGUUGCAUCGCGGUAUUCGAACGAGGAGGAAAGGUCGAAGGUCAUGGGUUUCGUUCUGGGUAGCAUAGCCCUCGGGGUGCUCCUGGGGUAUCCCCUCGGCUCUAUCUUGUACGAUUUGAUUGGGAAAACUGCGCCGCUGUUGUUGGUCUCGUCGUUCGCCUUAGUUUUGAUAUGUCUGCAACUCCUGACGCUGGACUUCCGGAUAAUCGAACAGCAGCGGGACACUCGGUCUUACACGAAUUGGCUCCACAUGCUGUCCGACGGUAAGAUUCUUCUGGUCGCCGGUGCGAUAUGGUGUUCAACAUCGGCGAUGGCGAUUCUAGAACCUUGUCUUCCUCUGUGGUUGAUGACGCACGUCAAGCCGAAGAAAUGGCAGUUGGGCACGGUGUUCAUACCGGACAGUACGGGCUACCUGAUAGGGACGAAUUUCUUCGGAAUGAUCGCCUAUCGUUGCGGACGUUACAACACCGCGAUAUCGGCGAUGAUUCUGGUCGGCGUGAGCGCGAUAUCGAUACCCCUGGCGUCCACCGUCUCGCAGCUGGCGAUACCUCACCUGGGUAUGGGUCUGGGAAUCGGGAUCGCCGACGCGGCGCUCGUGCCACUCCUGGCUACCCUGGUGAGCCGAGAAGACGGUUACGGGCCCGUUUAUUCGCUGCAACAAGUGGCGGUCAGUUUGGCGUAUUCUCUAGGGCCGAUAAUGGGCGGGGAGCUGGUUCGAGCUAUCGGAUUCGCUUGGGUGAUGUGGCUCGUCGGUGUUUUCAACAUCGCCUACUGCCCUUUGUUGAAUUACUUGGCGCGGACGGAUGAACAGAGUCUCGCGCUGCUGCGAGACGAACAACGGAAGGACUACGAUACCGUGGAGAAACACCGCACGGGGAUGAAUUAUCAAAGAUUUCACGACUCCGAUGAAACACUGUGACAAACGAAGGUGUGCCGAAGAACGAACGCGAACAGAGGACCUCCGGAGUUCGGAUUUCCCAAGAUGUUUAUCGGAUCGAUGAAUAACAACGAACCGAAACUGCGACCACCCGUCGUCGAUCGGAUGAAGAAAACGGAGCAGACGUCGCGCACCGUGCACCUCGCCCGAGCCGGAUAUAAAUCGUGCGAAUAAUCUUCCUCCUGACACGAACGGAUGAGAGUCCGUCGUCGAUCGAAAACAAAGCCACACCCGUCGAACGAGAGCUCAUUUGGUAACGGAGCUCGAUAAUUAAUCGUGUUGUCUGUGUAGGUAUAUGUACUAGGUGCCUCUGUCUGAUUUAUGAAUUUUAUCAACCGAGUGCUCCGGAAUCACCUGGAUCGAGUAUAGCGCGACACGAAUCGAUGACUCGAUCGGGCCCAGCGAACGUUUUCGUCGAUUCCUUCGCCAUGACUUUAUUACACGUCUUGCGUUUCUCGACCGAGAACAAUGAGCGUCGAGUUCAUACUUUGUGCAUUGUCAGAAUCAAAUACUCGACGACGAAGCAAUUGCAAUGUUGCAUGAUUUGGUUUUCCCGCCAAUGGAAAUAAAUGCAUGUAAUGAGAAAA